AUGCCGAAAUGCGAAAUGCGGCAGUUACGCAUUGGCAUUGGUCGUGGAGCUUUGCGGGAUCCACGUGGACGUGAUCGAGAUUGUGAACGCAAUGGUAAUCGAGGAUUACAACAACAACAGCUUCAUAAUAAUGGUGGUAGGCGUUAUUAUAGUGAUAAUCGUAAUCGCAUGCUUCGCUAUAGAGAUUAUGAUGAUGAUCGUCGAUCUCGGCGUUACGAACCACCGCACGAUGAUUUUAAUCGUAAUCGGAGAUAA